ACACCAACCGAUCUCAAGAGUCCUUCGCUGCAUUUAGAAGCACCAGCGCUUGAAGAAAAGUGGCAGAAGCAAAGGCAGACGCAGAGGCAGAGGCAGCGGCAGACAAACAUGGAGAGCAGAAAGGUGGUGGUUUGUGACAAUGGCACUGGGUAUGUCAAAUGUGGUUUUGCUGGAGAGAAUUUCCCCACAUCUGUCUUCCCUUGCGUCGUCGGUCGCCCCAUUUUACGCUAUGAAGAAUCCCUCAUGGAACAACAAUUAAGGGAUAUUGUUGUUGGGGAAAGUUGUGCUGAAUUGCGGCAUCAACUGGAUAUUUCUUAUCCUGUUAACAAUGGGAUUGUGCAGAACUGGGAUGAUAUGUGCCAUGUGUGGGACCAUGCUUUUUAUAAUGAAUUACAAAUUGACCCAACAGAUUGUAAGAUAUUGCUCACAGACCCACCUCUUAAUCCCUCAAAAAACCGUGAAAAAAUGGUUGAGAUGAUGUUUGAAAAAUACAACUUUGCAGGUGUCUUCAUCCAAAUUCAAGCUGUUUUGACUCUGUAUGCUCAAGGUUUGCUGACUGGAUUAGUCAUUGACUCUGGGGAUGGUGUUACUCAUGUGGUUCCAGUUGUUGAUGGCUAUUCAUUCCCCCAUCUAACUAAGCGAAUGAAUGUAGCUGGUCGGCACAUAACAUCCUAUCUUGUCGAUUUAUUGUCAAGGAGAGGGUAUGCAAUGAACAGGACUGCUGAUUUUGAGACUGUUAGGGAAAUCAAAGAGAAGCUCUGCUAUAUAAGUUAUGAUUACAAAAGAGAAUAUCAAUUAGGACUUGAGACCACCAUCCUUGUUAAGCAUUAUACUGUAAGUUCAUUCUCCUGUUUUUAUUUUAACCAGUUGCCAGAUGGAAGAGUUAUUAAAGUAGGCACUGAAAGGUUCCAGGCACCUGAGGCGCUUUUUACACCAGAACUCAUCGAUGUUGAAGGUGAUGGAAUGGCUGAUAUGGUUUUCCGCUGUAUUCAGGAAAUGGAUAUUGACAAUCGCAUGAUGCUUUACCAGCAUAUAGUUUUGAGUGGAGGGAGCACCAUGUAUCCUGGAUUACCUAGUCGGCUAGAGAAGGAAAUAUCAGACCGGUAUCUUGAAGUAGUUCUAAAGGGAAAUAAAGAUGGAUUGAAGAAACUACGGCUGCGGAUUGAGGAUCCACCACGAAGAAAGCACAUGGUUUACCUAGGAGGUGCAGUUCUUGCAGGAAUUAUGAAGGACGCACCCGAGUUUUGGAUUAGCAGGGAAGAGUACUUGGAGGAAGGAGUUGCCUGUCUGAGCAAGUGUGGCCAGGCUUGACCUUCAGAGAGCAUUUUGUAGUGUUCUCCAACAAAAUCUCACAAGUUAGUUAAAAUUUCAAAUGGGUGUAUGACUUACCAAGCCUGAAAACCUGGUGUGAAUUUAUCCUGGUUACAUCCAAUUUUGCCAUCUAGAAGCUCAUCCGGCAAAUAUUAGACUAACCAGGAAGUGAUUACUGCUAUAAAUAUCAUCUUUUUACUGUAUACCACUUAUAGCCAGAAAAAUGUAAAGCAAAACUUUUUUCUGGCACAUGUUGUUAACAUAUGAUAAAGACUUUGAAUUCUGUGAUUGUUACUCUCCGCUUUGUUUCAACAACUCUCAUCUGUUGUCGUAUCAAGCUAUAGAUUGACUACUAAUGAAUAUCGAGAGUAUGA